AUGGUUCGCGUAAUAACUCAGGAGACUUAUGAAGAAAUUGUAAAGGAAAAUAUAGAGGCGUUUGAUAUGACACCCGAAGACGCUAUGAAAGAAGCCAUCGCUCAGUUUGAAGCACAGGGCGUAGAUCUGUCUAAUAUUAUCAAAGACAUUAGCCUUGAUGCGGGUCAAGAACACCUUGUGAGCAUGGCAGUGAAAAAUCUUAAAGAGUUAACUACUACUGAGAACAAUGAUGAUGAACUUAUUGUAAACCAAUUGGACAUACUGAUGAAAGAAUGCAAUAAGGACAUAGCUCAUAGAGUCCGAGCUGGUAAGGAUGGUGCAUACAAAAUACUGUUAGACUUUCUGGAGGCAAAGCAAAAAAAGUACAUACAAGAUGAAAAUGCUAAGGAUGGUGAUAUCAUUGUGAAAGUUCUCAACACAUUUGUUUCCUUGAUGGAUUCACAACCUGACUUGCUGGAAAAAAGGGGUAUUGAUACAAUAAAAAUCAAUCUUGAUAUGAUAAAAGAUGAAUCAAUUCUAAUUGCGACUUUGAAGUGGGCUGUUAUAUGCUGUAAUGUUAAGUUGCUGACUGAGACUCUUCAGUUAAUCCGUAAGCUGACUUUGGACGAUGACGUGCGUGUGGAAUUUGGCAAGGCGCACGAUCACGCCAGAGAACUUGGUGUCCAGCUGUUAGAGCCAUUGACAGAUCUGCUGAAGGAGAACACCAAGCCGCCGCUGGCUGGCGAUCUGAUGCUGACCAUCGCUUCGCUCCUGGUGCGCCACGAGCUGUGCGCCCUGGUGGCAGACCGCGCCCCUGGUCUGCCGUUCACAGUCCUCGCGGACAACUACGACAACGUGGCGGUGGUACAACAGGCGAUCAAGUUCCUGCCCUGGUGCGGGAGCGUG